UGAGUUUGACAGCCCUGUCCUGCAGUAUAUUAAAAUACAGCUGUGUUUUCCUCCAGGUAUGACUAUGAAAACAUAGACAUAGAUGCAGCCUGUGAGAUGAUGGAAGAUUUGGAGAUCGUGAUUACCGAAAAGUCCUUCCUGAAGCAGAGAUUCGCUGUGGAAGACAAAAUCUACCAGGUGGAAAAGGCCGACAACUUUGAGUACACUGACCCCAUAGACAGCACCAUCUCCAGGAACCAGGGACUGAGGAUUAUCUUCUCCGAUGGCUCGCGAAUAAUCUUCCGACUCAGUGGGACAGGUAGGGACGGGGCCACCGUAAGAAUCUACAUCGACAGCCAUGAAAAGAAGAUGAUCUUUGAAAACACGCAGGUA